AUGAGUGCUGAACGUGCCCAGCCGUCCAAAAGACGAUGCGUCAGCACAGCUUGUGUCGCCUGUCGUAAAAGGAAGUCAAAGUGUGAUGGAAACCUGCCCAGCUGUGCAGCUUGCUCAUCAGUUUACCAUACACCUUGUGUGUAUGAUCCAAACUCGGAUCACCGCCGCAAAGGUGUUUACAAGAAAGACACCGAUACCUUGCGGACCCGAAACACCACCCUGCAGACAUUGAUACAGGCAAUAUUAAACUACGAAGAAGAUGACGCCUUCGAAUUAGUACGUCAGAUUCGCUCUUGCGAUGAUCUUGAAGAUGUAGCAGCUUCGGUGAUCUCCCAGGAGAAGGGGCUCAUGUCUACGGACAAAGCAAAGGAGUCAGCUAGCAAUGAGAACAUAGCCGAGAUAGAUCAGUUCGAGUCAGAACUGUCUGGCAAGAUGAGUGAGCUCUUGCUUGACGGUUCUCGCAAAUUUAUUGGAGGUACAUCGAACCUCAUCUUCUUGCCUCCAGGCUCCGAGCUGCACGAGCCUGCUGCGGUCGAUGUCGAUAAUCAACCACACGCCGUGAGCCGCUGGACUGAAGUCACAGACGAUGACUCUCUAAUCAGUCACCUGAUGACCAUGUACUUUACAUGGCACUAUCCGUUCUUCACUACCCUAUCCAAGAAUAUGUUCUACCGGGAUUACAUCCGCGGUGUAUCCAGUUCAUAUUGCUCUUCAUUACUCGUCAAUGCCAUGCUAGCUCUAGGCUGCCAUUUCAGCUCAUGGCAAGGCGCUUUCGAUGAUCCCCAGAAUCUCGCAACAGCGGGAAACCAUUUCUUCAAAGAGGCAAAACGGCUCAUAUUGGAAAACGACGAACAUGAGAAUGCAAAACUCUGCACUGUCCAGGCAUUCGCACUUAUGUCUGUCCGAGAGGCGGGAUGUGGCCGUGAAGGAAAAGGCUGGGUCUAUAGUGGUCUCAGUUUCCGCAUGGCUUUCGAUCUAGGGUUAAAUCUCGAUUCAGCAAAUCUUGGGGCGCACAAUCUCAGUGACGAAGAGAUGGAUGCUCGACGGAUCACCUUUUGGGGUUGCUAUCUCAUUGACAAAUGCUGGUCAAAUUACCUCGGUCGCCAACCCCAGUUGACAUCGACCAACGCUAAUGUGCCCAAGUUUGAUGUAUUGCCACAGGAGGAAAUAGAGUUAUGGUCACCCUACACGGAUUCUGGAGUUGGUCACGAGCACACGCAACCAUCAAGAACCAGAGCCGUCGCGCUUCAAAUAACCAAACUAUGCGAGAUCAGCGGCGAUGUACUUGUGUUCUUCUACCAUCCAACCGAACUUGAGAAAUCCCAGCCCAAACAGUCGGAACUCAAGAAACUGAGCGAUGUUCACACCCGCCUUGAGGCGUGGAAAAACAAUUUGCCCAAGGAACUAGUGGCAAAAGAAGGACAGCUACCACAAGUGCUCGUCAUGCAUAUGUUCUACCAACUUCAAAUAAUUCACUUAUACCGACCAUUCCUGAAGUAUACCAAGGCAAAUACUCCACUUCCUUCCCAUGUCUCACCUCGCAAGAUAUGCACGCAAGCCGCCGCGACUGUUUCCAAACUUCUACGGAUAUACAAACGCGGAUAUGGACUGAAACAAAUCUGCAACAUCGCCGUCUAUAUUGCCCACACUGCAUGCACCGUCCAUCUUCUCAACCUCCCCGACAAAAACGCCCAGAGAGACGUGAUACACGGCCUCAAGAAUCUCGAAGAAAUGGCAGAGGGCUGGCUCUGCGCUCGACGUACCCUCCGUAUCCUUGACAUAUCUGCAAACAAGUGGCAAGUAGAGCUACCGCCCGAAGCAAUCUCCGUCUUCGAAAGGACCCAUAACAAAUGGGGAUCGUGGGGCUCUUGGGACCAAGCGACUUCCCCUUCAACAUCCGAAGACUCUAUCAACGCAAACAUAUUAAAUCCUUCUACAAGCCCAAGCCGAUUUUCACCGUCCAGGUUCCCAUUCCCACAUCCUCACGCCGAACCCAUCGCCAUGGUUGAUACACCAGUUGGGCCGCAAUAUGGGCCCAUCUCCGCCGUCCCAAUAUCGUUCCCCGCCAUGCAAGGAAUGCAUCCACCUCAAUCCAACCGGCCUGAGUUCGCUCCUCCUGAACCAACAUACCUCCGGCCCCAAGUGGCCUACCAUUUCACUCCCCUCCAAGGAUCCGUUCCAGCCCCCUCUCCUCCUAAUCCGAACAAGUGGUACGAUGGCUCCGGGGCUCGUAUCUCACCCCAAAACGCAACACCGACAUCGGUUGCAUCUCCCGUGUCUGGGUAUGACGGCACUGAAAACCUAGUCGAAGAAAGCCAGGACUGGUGGUCGAGAAAUGCUAAUGCAUAUGGCAUUGGUAUGGAUAGUUGGAGUGGGAAUUGGGACGCUACCCCCCAAAAUCAGCCUUCUCUCAUUCAGUACCAGGACGGUAAUCUCAGGUCUGCUGCUCAGCCUUCUGGUUCUGGUGAUGGGCAGCCUCAAGCCCCGGGGGGGAUAUCGACAGUUGGGCAGCCCUUGGAUCCUGACAACACGACUGGGUAUGGGGACAGAUGGAAAUAA